AUGUCCCACAGACCCCUCAAUGGUGAGGAGUAUCCUUUAGACAAUCCACUUCCCCGCGGGCUCUCUAUCGACCAAGAUGAAGGUUAUCCUGCCACAUUGCACAAUCGAGGGCUACACUAUGCGUCUAUAGCGGAGAAGAAACGCUUGUGGUGGAGAAACGCAAUUAUCAACGCCUUGUUCAUUGCAUCCUGGUUCUUAUUUGCGACUCUUCUUUCAGUAUACAACAAAUGGAUGUUUUCCAAGGAUCAUUUCGCAUUCCCAGCACCGUUAUUCGUGACAACGAUGCAUAUGUUCGUCCAGUUCAUCCUUGCCGCUCUCUUACGAGCGCUUUGGCCUAUGCAUUUUCGCCCGGAUCGGAGGCCGACUCCCGAAGAGUAUGGGAAAAAGGCUUUUCCAACCGCACUUGCGACAAGCCUUGAUAUUGGACUGUCAAAUCUCUCACUCAAGACCAUCACACUAUCCUUCUACACCAUGUGCAAAUCAUCCUCCCUAAUCUUCGUACUCUUUUUUGCUUUCAUCUUCAAACUUGAAGUCUUCUCAUGGCGCCUCAUUGGUGUCAUCUUCCUGAUUUUCUCUGGUGUCGUCCUCAUGGUGGCAACGGAAACGCACUUUAUUUUAGAGGGUCUAAUUCUCGUUCUCAGCGCUAGUGCUCUUGGUGGACUUCGAUGGACUCUUACACAAGUUUUGUUGAAAAACAAGAAAUUGGGUCUCGAUAACCCUGCUGCCACCAUUUUUUGGCUUUCACCUGCCAUGGGGGCCAUACUUGCUGUUGUUAGCGUUACAGUGGAACACUGGAGGAGCUUAUUCGGCUCCGAUUUUUUUCGUGGUCUGCUCAAAACAUCCGAGACUGUGUUUUAUUUGACUGCGCCUGGGAUCCUAGCGUUCUGCAUGGUUCUAAGUGAAUACUACAUCAUUCAACGCACCGGUGUAGUACCGAUGUCAAUUGCCGGAAUCGCCAAGGAAGUAUCGACGAUCACGAUUUCUUCUUGGUUCUUUGGGGAUGAACUCACUCCCCUCAAUAUUACUGGCGUUGGAAUCACAGUAUGCGGCAUAACACUCUUUACAUACCACAAAUACCGAAAGUCGAUGGAAUCACCUGUUCCUUUGGAUGCUCAUGGCGAUCCAGUAUCUGGUGAAGUUGAUGAGCCGCUUGGGAGGAGUGAUGUCAUAGAGGAUGCCGAAGAGAUCAACCUUCUUUCGCGAAGUGACGAUCUAGAAGAGGUAAUUCCCUUCUGA